UCUUUUCCGUUUCUGCUUCCAUUACUACAUCCAAUCUCUCAAACCACCACCAACCACUCGCUCCUCACACAGCAGCAACAUGCCGUCAUCUGGAACGCCCAAGAAGCGCAGCCUGGCAGACGAGUUGGCGCGCCUCACCGAUCCGACGCCCGUCCACGAGGACCCCGAAGCAAUGGACGGAGGAGCAGCAGCAGCCGACCACGACCAGGACGGCGAGUUUGACUAUGGCGACGCGUCGGCGGCACAUUCAGGUGGCGUCGGAAGCGCAAUGCUGCGCGGACUGGAUGCAGCGAGCGAUCCAAAGUACGCGGGAAAGCCAGUCUCACGGCGAAGCCUCAUGUCCGACGACGAUGAUCAAGAUGAAGAUGAUCAAGAUGAAGAUGAUCAAGAUGAUGAUCAAGAUGAUGAAGACGAGUUCGAGGACGAGGACGAGGACGAGGUCGAAGACGAGGAUGCUGACGAGGGUGCGUUCAGCGCUGCUCUGAAGCGAUUCAGCAAGGCUUCAGCACCAUCCUCACGACGUGCUCAGGCUCGUGCUCAAGAUGAUGAGGACGAAGACGACGACGACGACGAUGAGGACGACGAGGACGAGGACGAGGACGACGAUGAUGGCCUGCCGCACUUUGGCGGUCCCAGCAACUCGCUCAGCUCGGAACUCAUGCAGAUGGAAAAGCAGAUGGCAGACGAAAUCCGCGCCAUGGAAAACGAGGAGGCGCAGUCCAUGCAGGCGCUCUCAUCCACCGUCCAGUCCGACAUUGUCAAGGGCCAGCACGCUCGCACACAAACCAAGCUGUUUGACAGCUUUUUGGAAACACGCAUUCGUCUCCAAAGCGUCGUGACGGUGGCCAACCGCAUGCCGCAUCCCGAUAAACUCCCAGCCUUCGCCCGGGAAGGCGGCGACCAGACUCAGCAAGCACUCAGCAGUGUUCAAACCGAAGUGGCUGAUUUGCUUGACAAGAUGCUUGAUUUGCAACAGAGUCUUUUCCAACAAAACCCCGAGGUUGCGUCCGUGGCAGUCCCCCGAUCAAAGCGACGACAAUCCACCGAGGAGUAUUGGCAAUCCAUGAGCGGAACUCACAAGCGAUUCAAGCCAUUCUUUGAAAACACGAUCGAAAAAUGGAAUUCCAAGAUCCAAUUGGCCGCAGGCGGCGCAGGAGCCAAAAAGUUCAAGGCACUCAACCAGAGCGUGCUGGGCCAAAUUUCACAAGUCAUGACGGGCAAAGAUCGCCUCAUCCGUCGGUCUCAAUUGAAACGCGGCAGCUACCGUGUUUUGGGCGAGGACGAGCACGAUACGGACAAGGGCGACGAGUACGACGAAGAAAUCUUUGAUGACCAGGAUCUUUACCAACAGCUGUUGCGUGAACUCAUCGAGCGUCGCACAUCCGGCAUGGAUACUGAUGACACAAGUGCAAUGGGCAAGCAGUGGGUCGAAAUCCAAAAGCUUCGUGCCAAGAACAAGCGAAAAGUCGACACUAAAGCCAGCAAAGGCCGCAAGCUUCGUUUCCAACCACACGAAAAGCUUGUCAACUUUAUGGCGCCAGUUGAUCGAACGACAUGGACGGAGCAAGCCCGCACCGAUCUGUUUACAUCGUUGUUUGGCAAGACUGCAGCGGCCACUGCACACUGAGUCACAUGAUUUGGAGGCGACUGCUUGGGUUUUAAUGAACAAUAGAACAACCAGCUGUUUUUUUUAACUGUUAUCACA